CAUUUCGGAAUGGCACAUCCAGGUAAUGUAGCAUACAAAUUUCGUGAUCGUUUUCAUAUAGCAAACGAUAUAUUAAGAUGGUUCCCUGGACAUAUGAAUAAAGGUUUGAAACAAAUGCAAAACCAAUUAAAACAUGUAGAUUGUAUUAUAGAAGUUCAUGAUGCAAGGGUUCCAAUUUCUGGACAUUAUGCAAAUUUUAACAGAACAUUAAUUGGUGUAAAGCCUCAUAUUUUUAUAUUAAAUAAAAUGGAUUUGACUGAUAUGAAAUUUAAAAAUUCUAUAAUGGAAACUUUAAAUAAAAAGCAGAUAUCUAAUGUAUUAUUUACCAACUUUAAAAAUGUAAAAUGUGAAGGUGUUAAACAAUUACUGCCUUUAGCAAGAACAUUAAUAAAGGAGUCAAAUCGCUAUAACAGAUCACAAGAAACUUCAUUUCAAAUGAUGGUUAUUGGUGUUCCAAAUGUGGGAAAGUCUUCACUUAUUAAUCGUUUAAGAAAUAAUAACCUUCAUAAAACUAAGGCUGCACCAGUUGGUGCUGUUGCUGGCAUUACACGGUCUGUAUCAACAAAAAUAAAAAUAUUAGAAAAUCCAAAUAUCUAUAUCAUAGAUACACCAGGAAUUUUAAGUCCUAUAAUAGAUAAUGUAUAUACUGGUCUAAAAUUAGCAUUAGUUGGUUGUAUGCAAGAUCAUUUAAUAGGACCAGAAUUACUAGCAGAUUUUUUGUUAUUUUGGUUAAAUAAACAGAAGCGAUUUGAAUAUGUAGAAAAAUUAGGAUUGACAAGUCCACAUGAUAGUAUAUUAUACAUUCUUAUAUAUAUUGCAGCAAAACUGAAAAAAACUAUAAGCGUAAAAAAUUAUGAUGGUAAAACACAUGUAAAACCAAAUUUAAGAUUUGCAGCAACACAUUUUCUUACUUUGUUCAGGAAUGGAGAAUUAGGUUGUUAUUGUUUAGAUGAAGACAUAUUAUGUUCCCAAUAA